AAAUUUAAAACCCCAAACAACCUUCCUCACUUCGCCCCUGUGUUUGUUCUAAAACCCUAGCGGAAACUAAGCUCCUUCUCUCGCUCUCUCGGUGACUGCAAUGAGACCUCCACGAGGCCGCGGUGGUGGUGGUGGGUUUAGGGGCAGGGGUGAUGGAGGACGAGGUGGUAGAGGCAGAGGUGGCGGUGGAGGCAGAGGCGGAGGUGGAGGCAGGGGUAUGGCAAGCCGUGGAGGUGGUCGCGGAGGUGGAAGAGGCCGUGGUGGAGGAAGAGGAGGUGGUAUGAAGGGUGGAAGCAAAGUUGUUGUUGAACCUCAUAGACACGAGGGUAUUUUCAUAGCCAAGGGAAAAGAAGAUGCUCUUGUGACGAAGAAUAUGGUCUCUGGAGAAUCUGUCUACAACGAGAAGAGGAUAUCCGUACAGAAUGAAGAUGGAACAAAAGUUGAAUACCGAGUUUGGAACCCAUUCAGGUCUAAGUUGGCUGCGGCCGUUCUUGGUGGUGUUGAUGACAUUUGGAUUAAACCUGGUGCCCGAGUGUUGUAUCUUGGUGCUGCUUCUGGAACAACUGUAUCUCAUGUUUCAGAUGUUGUUGGCCCGACUGGUAUUGUGUAUGCCGUUGAAUUCUCCCAUAGAAGUGGUAGAGAUUUAGUUAACAUGGCAAAGAAGCGUACAAAUGUUAUACCCAUCAUUGAAGAUGCUAGACACCCAGCCAAAUACCGAAUGUUGGUCGGUAUGGUAGAUGUGAUAUUUUCGGAUGUUGCUCAGCCAGAUCAGGCAAGAAUUUUAGCACUUAAUGCAUCAUAUUUUCUCAAAGCUGGUGGUCAUUUUGUUAUAUCCAUCAAGGCUAACUGCAUCGAUUCAACCGUUCCUGCUGAAGCAGUGUUUGCAAGUGAAGUGAACAAGCUAAAAGCAGAUCAAUUCAAACCCACUGAGCAAGUGACUCUUGAACCAUUUGAGCGAGAUCAUGCUUGUGUCGUUGGUAUCUAUCGGGCGCCAAAGAAACAGAAGGCUGCAGCUUAAACAGUUCAAUGAGCCAAGGUUAUGAGUCUUAUGGAUGAUUUAUAGGUAGGCUGUAGUUUAUUAUCAGUGUUUCUUAUCGUUAGCUUGUAAUCGAGAUCGAGAUGUUUUAAAAAGCCAAUACUCGUGUGUAUCUUCGAUAAUUUUGGUGAUUAAUCGACAGACUGCAGGUCUUUUUUUGUACUCCUUUGUCUGUUUCAUUCCUGUCUGUAAGGAGUAUAAGGAUGUCUUUAAAUUGUAGGAGACAUUUUUAAUCGGAACCAUUCAAAGCGAAUUCUCACUUCAUGCAA